AAAAAAUUCCAAAACGGUCAUUUGUUACCUAAAUGGUCCUCGUACUUAGUUAAAGGGAAAAAAACCAAGCUGCCCAAUUUGCCCCUACAACUACCAACCAACUUCCCGUUCCAUAUUUCAACCUAUUUGUACCAACUUGGCGGCAAUACUUUAAAAAUGUAACAACACGAUCUUUGACAGUUUAGUUGCUAACUGAAAAAUGGGUGUUCAAGGUCUCUGGGAUCUCAUUGCCCCCGUUGGUCGCCGCGUGUCCGUCGAGACCCUAGCCGGUAAAAAACUGGCAAUCGAUGCGAGUAUAUGGAUUAUACAAUUCAUGAAAGCAAUGCGAGAUGAAAAGGGAGAGAUGGUGCGGAAUGCCCACAUUUUGGGAUUUUUCCGUCGAAUUUGCAAGUUACUCUACCUUCGGACCAAGCCAGUCUUUGUAUUUGAUGGCGGCACGCCAGCCCUGAAGCGUAGAACAGUGAUCGCGCGUCGACGCCAGCGGGAAAAUGCUCAGGCCAAAAUUAGGAAAACUGCUGAAAAAUUGCUCCUCAAUCAUCUUAAGGCAAUGAGGCUCAAAGAGCAGUCUGUGGAUCUGGAGAACCAGAGGAAACAGACUGAUGCAAAGGGUAAAAAGGUUAUCACAGAGGCAACUGGAACUAUGAAGAACAUGGCCGAAGGAAAUGGCUUGGUCACAGAGAAUUAUGAUAAAGAAGCACUGGAUGAGAUGUUGGCAGCUUCUAUUCAAGCAGAGGAAGACGGGAAUUUUGCUGAGGACGCAUCAACAUCUUGUGCAGGGGCUUCUGCUGAAAAUGAUAACUCCGAUGAAGACGAAGAGAUGAUACUGCCAGCAAUGCAAGGAAAAGUUGAUCCUUCUGUUUUAGCUGCUUUACCUCCAUCAAUGCAACUUGAUCUUCUUGGUCAGAUGAGGGAGAGAUUGAUGGCAGAGAACAGACAAAAGUAUCAGAAGGUCAAGAAGGCCCCGGAAAAAUUCUCAGAACUGCAAAUACAAGCUUAUCUGAAAACUGUUGCUUUCCGACGCGAGAUAAGUGAAGUGCAGAAAUCUGCUGCUGGAAGGGGAAUAGGCGGUGUUCGGACUUCAAGGAUUGCUUCUGAAGCAAAUAGGGAAUUCAUUUUCUCCUCCUCUUUUACUGGGGACAAAGAUGUCCUUGCAUCUGCUGGGGAAGAUCAAACUAGUAAGAAGCCAAGUGCAGUUCAGACAGAAAAUAAUUUGGCAAAUGCUGCGAGUGUUGCUGCAACAAGGAAAUCUAGUAGUGUGGUAGAAUCGAUUGUGACUGAACCUGAAAGGGCAUUUAAUGAUGAUGUGGAGACAUAUCUGGAUGAGAGGGGUAAUAUUCGAGUCAGCAGACUGAGAGCCAUGGGUGUUCGCAUGACUCGAGAUUUACAGAGAAAUUUAGAUUUGAUGAAAGAGAUAGAGGAGGAGAGUAUGACCAGAAACAAAGAUUCUAGCGAUGUGCCUACUGUAAGUGACACUGCUGUACAUUCCCCUGGAAAUGUCUCUGAUACAAUUUCGCAUUUGAACUCAUCCAAUCCAGAUGAUGAUGGGAAGGCUUGUUUAAACAACAAAAGUAAAGAGUCUGAGUUGAGAAGCGGGACUACAAUUCAGAUAUCUUUUGAAGAUAAGUUUGAACAUGAUUGUGCCAAUGAUGAUGAUGAUAUAUUUGCGCGUUUAGUGGCAGGUGAUCCAGCGAUGGAAUUUCCUAUGGAUCAUUCCCCCUCAAAGAAACAGUCUCUAGAUUCUGCUUCGGACGUUGAGUGGGAGGAAGGAGUGAUUGAAGAGAAAGGUGACUUGCUAAGCAAUAACUCUCAAGGGGAAGGUCAGGCUCCACUGGAUAAAGAUGGCAUGGAUGAUGAGGCUGAAGUAGAAUGGGAAGAAGGAUGUUUAGAUAUUCACGAGGAGCCUUCCUUACUUCCAUCGGAUUCAAGAAGUGCUUAUAAAGGUGCUUUGGAAGAAGAAGCCAAUUAUCAGGAAGCAGUAAGGAGGAGUCUUGAGGAUUUGAGAGAUCAUAGAUCCAUAGAUAAAUCUCAUGAGAAAGAGAUGUCCAAAGAAGCUAUUCAAAUGGUUACUCAGGGUACUAGUAUUGAAUCUGUUGGUCAAGAGAACUAUUGUCGAAAUACACAUGAAAAUCUUCAACAGAAAGAUUUAUCACCUGCAAUUCAGACUGCUGACUUGCACGGUACUGUACAUGAGAUGGAUAUUGCAGGGAGUAAUAACUGUUUGGGGACCCAUUUGGGAGAACAAUUUCAAGCUAGUUCUGGUGACAGAAAUAUGCAGAUUGAAAAUGCAACCAGUCAUGCUGACAGAAAUUUGCAGAUUGAAGAAGCAACCAGUGAUACUGACAGAAAUUAUUGUGAUAUACAUAUGGAACCGACCAUUCCACUUGAUGGAUCAGAGGUUGACAUGAUUAAAAAGAAGAUAGCAGAUACCACUGUUGAGGUUUCGAGUAACGUAAGAAGUGCUUCACAUGUUACUUCUAUAGAACAAUCAACAUUUAAUGAUUUGCCGAAUGAAAGUACCUCUGAUGCCCAACAAUAUGAAUCUGAAGCUGCCUCACAUCAUUAUACACAUGAGUCGACAGAACUCACCAAAGCUUUCAGUGAGGGUUUUAUAACUGAUAUUGAUAGUGCACAAAACCUAGACGAGGAAGGUGCAUGUGAUGGCCCAUUAUUUGGGGGAAGGGAUCUCUUGGGCAAUUUGGAUUCUGCAGGUAGGAAAGAAGAUCAAAAAGUUAUGAUGGCUAGUUUGGAGGAGGAGAUGCAUGUAUUGGAUAAAGAGCGUGAAAAACUAGGAGAUGAGCAGAGAAAGCUUGAGCGUAAUGCAGAGUCUGUUAGCUCUGAAAUGUUUGCAGAGUGCCAGGAGUUGCUCCAAAUGUUUGGCUUGCCAUAUAUCAUAGCUCCAAUGGAAGCUGAAGCCCAAUGUGCUUACAUGGAACUUACUAAUCUUGUCGAUGGUGUGGUUACUGAUGACUCUGAUGCGUUCUUGUUUGGUGCUCGAAGUGUAUACAAGAACAUAUUUGAUGAUCGCAAAUAUGUAGAGACAUACUUUAUGAAGGAUGUGGAGAAUGAGCUUGGGUUGGAUAGAGAAAAGAUAAUUCGUAUGGCAUUGCUCCUUGGGAGCGAUUAUACUGAAGGAGUGAGUGGGAUUGGUAUUGUUAAUGCCAUUGAAGUUGUAAAUGCAUUUCCUGAGGAAGAUGGUCUUCAGAAAUUUCGUGAGUGGGUGGAAUCGCCAGAUCCAUCCAUUCUCGGGGGGCUUGAUGCACAGGCAGGUUCCAGCUCUAGGAAGAGAGGGUGUAAAGUUGGUGAUCCUGAUAUGAGUUGCUCAACCAGCAAUCUUGAAGGCAAUACCGCAUCUGACGAGAAUGUCCACAGGUCCGAGGACAGAGCUGACAAGUUGAAGCAAAUUUUCAUGAAUAAACAUAGAAAUAUUAGUAAAAACUGGCAUAUUCCUUCUUCGUUUCCGAGUAGUGCUGUAAUUUCAGCAUAUGUGUCUCCGCGAGUUGACAAGUCAACAGAGCCUUUCGCAUGGGGGAAGCCUGAUGUUUCUGUUCUUCGCAAAGUUUGUUGGGAGAAAUUCGGUUGGAGCAGCCAGAAGGCAGAUGAAUUGCUACUACCGGUUCUGAAAGAGUACAACAAACAUGAGACACAACUUCGACUGGAAGCCUUCUACUCCUUCAAUGAGAGAUUUGCAAAAAUUCGUAGCAAGAGGAUAAAGAAGGCUGUUAAAUAUAUGACAGGGAACAAAUCCAGUGAUUUAAUGCAUGGAAGUGUACGAGAUGCUCCUGGAAGCUCUAAAAAAAGAGUAGUAAAAUCUAAUGAUAUGAAUGAGGAAAAGAUAGAGGAUCCUCUGAGGGGACCUGAUUACGAGGAGACUGAAACAAAAAGAAGUUCAGUUGGAAAGAAGUCAAGAAAAAGGAAAGGAGAGCAUUUGCAGCCUGAACAUUUGGAACCACCAGAUGGAGAAGGAAGCAAGCGAAACACCAGUAAGAAAUCAUGUGGUAGUAUAGGAGGACGACAGAAAACAGCUCGAUCUGUGGGGAAGGCAAGUAAGAAAUCCUGUUCCAGAUCCUCCAAAACAAGCUCGGAGGGGGAAACAGAUAGUGAUAUAGAGCAACAAUCACAAAUUGAGAAGCUUGAAAAGCCAAAUCAAGCUAGAAGAUCAGAGCGUCAUCGGAAAAUAGUGAAUUACAGUGAUUUGAGAGAUGACGAGUCUGACGAAGCUGACAAAGAUAAUGGAGAUUCUGCUACUGAAAAGUUAGAAAGGAGAGAAUCAGGAGCAGAUGUGGGCAUAGCUGAAUGUUAUCCUGCUGAUUCUAGUAAGAUGAAUGAGAAUGAUGCAAGUAAUGAUUACUCUCCUCAAGAGUUGUCAAACCUUGAAACAGGUGGGACAGAGAGGGAAUCUACUGUUCAGCCAAGUUUUCUUGAAACUUAUGAUCCUGUUCCUGGGGAUGUUUUGUCUGAGGAGUACCUUAAAAUGGGGGGUGGGUUUUGCUUAGAGGAAGAUGAUGGAGAUAUGGAGCAUGAGACAAAAGCUUCCAAGGAGGAGUACCUUAAAAUGGGGGGUGGGUUUUGCUCAGAGGAAGAUGAUAGAGAUAUGGCGCAUGAGACAAAAGCUACUAGCCCUAUCUUAUCAGUUGAGUGUUCUGAUAUUUAUAGUUCUUCUCACCUUUUGGGAGAUGAGAAUUGUGGUAAUGCUUCUAACCAAUUGAUUUCUAGCCCCUCGAAGAAAACGAGUGAGAAGCAAUGUGAAGCAGGGAUAGGUGCAUCUGAAAUUGACCAAGAUUUAAACAACACAACUAAUACUACUUGUCGCAAGGUAUCACUGCACCAAGAAAAUAUGGAGAACAAUGAUUAUGCGUCCAGUUCAGUAUUUCUUCGUGCAAUGCCAAAUUUGAGGAAGCGCAAGAAGAAUAGCUGACGGUAUCAGUGUUGCUGUGUAGGUAGGAUAAUCCUUUGUAUAUGAAGUAGGUUAGCUGUAAUUCCUAUUAACAUUUCGCAUUAAGUGCCUGUGUCACAUGGGACUUCCCACCUUGUAUGAUUUUUGUCAAAGUGGAUUAAUUAUUAAAUCCAUCUCUCGAUGCAACAGAUAAGUUUCCGAGC